GCGGCGGCUGCGCCAUGGGCGGCGGAGCGCGGCCCGGCCCGCGGAAGGGAUCAGAGCGAUUGGGGAGAUGCCAGUUUAUGUCAUGGGCAUCACCAGCACUCAGACUCCUUUCUCCUUUGGCAAUGCUGUGCCAGGGUUAACGUUCCACUGGUCUGUCAGCAAGAGGGACACUCUGGAUGUUAGGACAAGGCACAGUGAGGCUGCUUUUCAGCUUCCUGCAAACUACAACUUUGCAGUGGAUGUUCAUGGCAGAGUAAAGGGGAGGACAGGCCUGAAAGUUGUAGUGAAGGUCCUUGAUGCUGCAGCCAACCAGUUCUACAACAUGGCAAGAGAACUGUGUGAUGAAAUCCAAAUUCAGUCACCAAGUGAGGGGACCCUUGGCUCAGCUCCAGUCUGGGUUCGCAGUGUGCAAACACAAGCCUGGGAGGGCCCAUGAGAUCUUGUCACCUGGGGACGUAGAUGCCAGAGUUUGGUGGGUGCCUGCUGGUUGUGUUCAGCAUGUUGGAUAACACCCCUUGGAGCAACAGACCUGGCCAUGGUUCACCUGACUCCUGGAAUAGCAAGAAUGUUUGGGUGACCUCAUUGCACGCACUAAACCAAACAAAGUGGCACCAGAAACCGAAAUACUACACCUGGCCGAAAUACUGCACCCAGCAGUUCGAUUUCUCAAAAUUACACUGCUUGGUGUCAGCGGUUAGGUAGAUAUCAAAGCAAGCCAGCAUAUGGCUUGACAAAAUCCAGAUCUGGUUUUGCUUUGUAUAGACUGUGCAUGGCCAGGAAUCCCCAGUAGAACAGUAGGAGGGUCUUGCACCAUUGGACAGUUAUGUACGGUGACACCCGAUAUGCCACUCAUUGUAAACCACGCUGCACACCGUAGAUUGCAGAGAGCACUGAACACGUUAUCUGUGGAUCAUUGUGAUGACAUGCAUUUAGGGAAUGUAAGAAAAUGCAUAGUGGCUAGCUUAUUUUUGCACUGGCCACUAAUGUAGAUGGCAUUCACCACGCUACUUUGCAAAUCCUUACAGCUAUUGGCUUUUGUUAUUAUCCCAUGGGCAUGGGUGUGAAGAUCUCAAUGGUAUGUACUGUAUGAAUUUGAAAGAUGAAUCAAAAUCAAUCCACAAACACAUUAAUGAAUUAAUGGAAACUACAUAGGAGGUGCUUAUACCGUGUUUGCUGUCUUGUCUGCAAAGGGCCCUGCAGAAGAUGGUAAACACAGCAUUUGUACGUGAAGAGCAAAAAGGGAGACCUGUAGGAGAAUAGGAAUGGGGCUGCAGUCAGCCUCCACCUCGAUGAGUUAGAGCUGUGUCCUGGAACAAAACAGGUAACUUUGAGGGAGAAGAAGCGUGGAAUGCAGAUGUGUGUUGACAUUUACAACAAGAAACAGAAAUUUAUAACCAAUUGCAAAAGAGUUGAAGGCGCAUGCACAUAGUUUGUUAGCUAAUGAUAAUGGCAAAAGAAACCUGUGGUUUGUGUGUGACAUAGAGAAAAAGUAUAAGAAGUUGUACUGUGAGAUAAUGAACUGCUGAUGCUUGCCCCUAUUUUCAGUGUCAGCCUUUGUCCACCAUCACACUACAACUUUUCUGACUUGCAGAAAUGUUAAGAUUUGUUCACUAGUGGGGGGUCUUGGAUGGGUGGAUGUGACAGAAAAAGAAGUUAAUUAUUCUUCAACAGACCAUGGUUUGAAUUACAUGUAGUAGAUAAUGUUUCAGGGCACACUCUUGAAUACGAGAAGAAAACAAGCUGUGUAUUUUCUAGCAGCCUAUCCUCUGACAAGCUGUUACUGGUUUAUUUGAAUAUUUGCAUGACUGAACAGUGGCAUUUGGUGAAAAAGAAAAAAAUUUAAAUAACGUUCUGGGGUUUUUUUCUUCUGAACGGAUUUAUAAGGAGACAAAAUCCAGCAUUUCCUUCUUUACAAAUUAACCCAAAUUGGAAGCUACCUUCACAUAACCCCUUCUGAACACUUGCAGUAUGCUUGAUUUGUUUAAAUUGCCAAGACAACCAAGCCUUUGGGGAGGCACCUUCUUCACAGUUUCAAGUGUGUUUCAGCUGAAGGCCAGAGGCACAGCAUCAGUCAUCAGAAAUUACUUUUAUUCAAUUGUAAGUGCUCUGUUUAUUUUGUAUUAUGCUGCCAUCCCCUAGAAAGUUCCACAAAAUUGUUGCAUUCCAGGAGUUGGUGAAGGAUGCUACGGUCCAGAGGCCCUGGGAAGAAGCACCCCUCUAUAGGUUACAGUGAUGUUCUCCCACAGUUCUCCACAUUUCCAUGCUAAUUACCCAGUUACAUCAUCCCUAUUCUCCUCCCCAGUUCUAGAAUGCUCCCUGCUCCUAACUUCCCUAUUGGCCCACGUUCCUAGCCACUCCUCCCCUGAAUCACAGCUGGUUGUUCCCCUCA